CUUUGAGUCACUUUUAUGCGUUUGAUCAAUCAAGUGUACCAUAACUUGCCACGUGUCUUUCUCUAACUUUGUGGCAGGAAAAACAUUAGAACAAAAAAAAAAAAAAACACUUCCAUCUCCAACUCUGUCAAUAACUUCUAAUUCUUCCACCGAUGCCGACUUCCACAGUCGAUUCCGAUACCCUCCUCUGUCAAUUGCUGCCACCGCCUCGGUCAACUGCUGCCGCCAUCUCGGUUGACAGUUGCCACCGUCAUAGCCAUAUACUAUUUGCUGCUGUGAGAAAAACAAGCGUAGAAAUCAAAAGCUAAUCCAGUUUUCAAAAUGAUUAAAGGUACAAACUUUAUGAACAACUUAAACUUGAAUAUUGGAGAUGGAUUGCAGCGGUCGGCGUGCGAUGGUUUGUGAUGGUGCACGAUGGCAGCAGGUUUGACAUUGGAGAUGGAAGCUUCUUUUUUUGUUCUGAUGUUUUCAUUCCCAGGUAAGAGAAGGACGCGUGGCAAGUUGUGGCACAUGUGAUUGAUCAAACGGUUAAAAAUUGUCCAAAGUCACAUGCCUUUCCCGCCACAAAGUUAGAGAAAAGCGAUCCCAGUUUCAUCUUCUCAAUCUUCCUCUCUCCGCCGUUGCUGCCAUCUCCACCACCGCCCACGUCAUCCGUCCUAACGGCACUUUUCUUUCUCUCUUCUACUACACAGCAGCGUUCUUCUUCCCCUUACUCGGUGCUUGCCGUCUCACCGUCGUCCUCUUUCAAUUCUCUUUUCCCUGACUCAUUGCUCCUCUGGUUGUUUACCAUAGUUAUAGUUAUUUUUUAUCUUUUCAAUUUUAAGAUUUAUCAUUUGUAAUUGAAUCUAUUAAACUUAUGAUGUAAUAUGCUUGCUGUAGAGUUGUUCCUCUUGUCUUCUUUUUACAAUUGGUUGAUAAAAAAAUUCUACAAUUAAGAGAACCGGCAACAAUACCGCUGUCGUCGACGGAGGAGCGGUGAAUCAUACGGCGGAUAUGCAGACGAGCACAGUGGACAGAUAAAAGGAAUAAAAGGAGCUAAGGGAAAAAGAGCAAAGCUGCUUCUCAUAUGCUACAUUCUACUCAACUCUUUCUGACGUAGUUUUCUCGGUCGUCAACUAUUCUCUGAGGUAGGUCUGGUUAGGAUAGUUUCAACAUGUAUAUUAAGCAGAUUGUGAUUGAAGGUUUCAAGAGUUACCGAGAACAAAUUGCCACAGAGGAUUUCAGUCCUAAAGUUAAUUGUGUUGUCGGUGCUAAUGGAUCCGGUAAAACAAAUUUUUUCCAUGCCAUUCGCUUUGUGUUGAGUGAUCUCUUUCAAAACCUACGCAAUGAGGACAGGCAUGCACUACUCCAUGAAGGGACUGGACACCCGGUUUUAUCUGCAUUUGUCGAGAUUGUGUUUGAUAAUUCAGACUAUCGUAUCCCGGUUGACAAGGAGGAAGUGCACUUACGCCGGACAAUUAGUUUGAAAAAGGAUGAAUAUUUUCUAAAUGGAAAACACAUAACAAAAAUUGAAGUGAUGAAUUUACUGGAAAGUGCUGGCUUCUCUCGCUCAAAUCCAUAUUAUGUUGUACAACAAGGAAAGAUAACGUCCCUAACCUUGAUGAAAGACUCUGAACGAUUAGAUUUACUGAAGGAAAUAGGUGGCACUGGAGUUUAUGAGGAGAGACGUCGUGAAAGUUUGAAAAUAAUGCAGGAUUCAGGUAACAAAAGAAAACAGAUUAUCCAAGUUGUACAGUAUUUAGACGAGAGGUUGAAGGAACUAGAUGAGGAGAAAGAGGAAUUGAGAAAAUAUCAGCUUCUUAACAAGCAGCGAAAAUCAUUGGAAUAUGCCAUAUUUAACAAAGAAGUUCAAAAUGCUCAGCAAAAACUUGCAGAGAUAGAAGAAGCUCGGGCCAAGGUUUCUGAAAAUUCAGCAAAGAAGUAUAACGAGGUUGUUGAUGCACAUGAGAAAUUCAAAGAUUUGGAGAAUAGUUUGAAAGAUAUAACAAAGGAACAUGAAAACUUUAUCAAAGAAAAAGAAGUUAUUGAAAAGCAUCAAACAAAAACAUUAAAGAAGUACACAGAGCUUGAGCUUGAUGUCAAAGACUUACAAGCGAAGAUCUCUGGAAAUAUCCGUGCCAAAGAAGAUGCUGCUAAACAACUGGAGAUUCUUGAGAAUGAAAUUCAAGACUCAAUGAAUGAACUGGACAAAAUCAGUCCUUUAUAUGAUGAUCAAGUUAAGAAAGAAAAAGACAUUAGCAAGCGAAUUAUGGAGCAAGAGAAGAAACUAAGUAUACUUUAUCAAAAGCAAGGACGUGCAACACAAUUUUCAAGUAAAGCUGCUCGUGAUAAGUGGCUUCAAAAGGAGAUUGAUGAUCUUGAACAGGUGCUCUCUUCAAACACAACACAGGAGAAAAAGUUGAUGGAAGAAAUUGAACGGCUUAAUGAUGAAAUCCAUGGCUGUGAUGGGAAUAUCAAGAGUGGUAGAAUAAAUAUUACUACUUUGGAAUCUCAAAUUGCAAAGUCAUGUGAAGGGUUUAAUGAUUAUAAAGCAAAUAGAGAUGAGCUUCACAGAGAGAGGAAGUCUUUAUGGAGCCGGGAGAAUGAACUUACUGCUGAAAUUGAUAAAUGGAAAGUAGAAGUUGAAAAGGCCGAAAGAAGUCUUGAUCAUGCAAUUCCUGGUGAUGUUAGAAGAGGGCUGAAUUCAGUUCGGAAGAUCUGCAAAAAUCACAACAUUUCUGGAGUUCACGGUCCAGUUAUUGAGCUGUUGAAUUGUGAUGAAAAAAUUUUCACCGCAGUUGAAGUGACUGCAGGAAACAGCUUAUUUCAUGUGGUUGUUGAAAAUGAUGACAAGUCAACCGAGAUAAUUAAACAUCUUAAUCGACAAAAAGGUGGACGCGUUACAUUUAUUCCACUUAACAGAGUAAAUGCUCCCCAAGUCACUUAUCCACAGAGUUCUGAUGUCGUACCUCUAUUAAAUAAAUUGAAUUUUAAACCUGAAUACACUCCAGCAUUCAGCCAGGCAUUUGCAAGAACAGUUAUCUGCAAAAAUCUGGAUGUGGCUUCAAAGGUAGCUCUUAUGAAUGGUUUGAACUGCAUAACACUGGAAGGUGAUCAAGUAAGCAAAAGAGGUAGUAUGACCGGAGGAUUUUAUGAUCACAGACGAACAAAAUUGAAGUUUAUGAAAAUCAUUAAGCAGUGUGCUGAAAGUAUUCACAUUAGCGAGGAGAAUUUGGAGCAAGUUAAAGUUAACAUACAAGAGAUAGACCAAAAGAUUAAUGAACUUGUUGGUGAGCAGCAGAAGGUUGAUGCUCAAUGUGCUCAUUGUAAAUCAGAGAUAGAAGAGCUCAAGCGGGACAUUGCUAAUUCUAACAAACAGAAGAAAUCAUUUUCUAAUGCACUUGCAAAGAAGGAGAAAUCACUUGCUGAUGUCCAGAAUCAGGUUGAACAGCUUAAAGCUAGCAUUGCUAUGAAAAAAGCUGAGAUGGGCACAGAGCUCAUUGAUCAUUUAACACCGGAGGAAAAGAAACUUUUGUCAGAUUUGAACCCUGAAAUAAAAGACCUUAAGGAGAAGUUUGUUGCUUGCAAGACUGAUCGCGUUGAGAGUGAAGCACGGAAAGCAGAGCUGGAAACUAAUCUAACCACUAAUCUCAAGAAAAGAAAACAAGAGCUGGAGGCUGUGAUAUCAUCUGUUGAUGCUGAUUCCAUGCUCGUUGAUGCUGAGUUGAAGAGGAAGGAACUUAGUGAUGCUAAAAUAUUGGUUGAUGAUGCAUCAAAUCAGCUUAAAAGUGUUAUUGAUAGUAUACAUAAUCGAAUCCGGAAAAUUGCAAAGAUCAAAGAUGAAAUGAAUAAAUUGAAGCUGCAGUCUUUGGAGGACGAGUAUGAUAGAAAAAUUCAGGAAGAAGCUAAAGAAUUAGAGCAAUUGCUGGAUAAAAAAAAUAGAUAUUCGGCUAAGGAAGAAGAAUAUACCAAAAAUAUAAGGGAACUGGGCCCAUUGACAUCGGAUGCUUUUGAGACCUACAAGCGGAGGAAUAUGAAAGAUUUGCAAAAAAUACUGCAUACAUGCACCGAUCAAUUGAAACAGUUUAGUCAUGUCAACAAGAAAGCUCUCGAUCAGUACAUAAAUUUUACAGAACAGCGAGAAGAACUUCGGAAAAGACAAGCUGAACUUGAUACAGGAGAUAAGAAAAUCAGAGAGCUAAUAUCAGUUCUCGAUCAACUGAAGGAUGAAUCAAUAGAACGCACUUUCAAAGGUGUUGCUAAGCAUUUCGCUGAAGUAUUCUCUAAACUUGUACAAGGGGGCCAUGGUCGUCUGGUUAUGAUGAAGAAGAAGGAUGGUGAUCAUGAUGACGACGAUCAAGUCGAGGAUGGUCCUCGGGAAGCAAAUCCAAAGGGGAGAGUAGAAAGGUACAUUGGAGUGAGAGUGAAGGUCUCUUUUACUAAACAAGGGGAGACACAGUCCAUGAAGCAGUUGUCCGGGGGUCAAAAAACUGUUGUUGCACUUGCACUUAUAUUUGCCAUACAGAAAUGUGAUCCAGCUCCCUUUUAUCUAUUUGACGAGAUUGAUGCAGCAUUGGAUUCACAGUACAGAACUGCCGUUGGAGAUCUGAUCCGGUGGAUGGCAGACAAAGAAAACACUCAAUUUAUCACUACAACAUUCCGUCCAGAGCUAGUUAAUGUUGCCGACAAGAUAUAUGGAGUAACACAUAAAAACAGGGUCAGCUGUGUUAAUGUUAUAUCCGAAAAUGAAGCUCUAGAAUUCAUUAAUCCGGAUAAGAUAUAAAAUGUACUGAAUAAGGUAACAUUAUAUAUAACUAGAUGCUAGCCCACACGUUGCUCGGUAGAAUUGAAUUAAAUAAUAUUAUGUUUGUUAAGAUCAUGAGUUGUUCAACUAAAUAUGUUGAUCGAGAAAAUUGAAGAAAAACGAAAAAUUGCUUACUUUAUGGCAUUUUUUUUUUAAUUUCAUUGGUAAUAUGAUUAAGUCCCAUGGCAGGGUCCUCUAUCCGCUGACCUACCAUGCCGUCUUUCUGGAACUUGUGAUUUUCUUUGAUAUGAUGAGUUAAGCGAUUCGCAAAGCUGUUAAAGAAGAAAUCGACAAAAUUAAUUUUGAUUA